GGAAGGAGUGAAAUGGAUAUUCCGACAAAGUCAUCACUGCCGUUCCGCUCCAUUCCACACAUCCCAUAUUACUCCCUCAUUCCCCUCCCUCCCCCGCCCUCGCUACCAUCAUCCCCUCCCCACCACCACCUUCCCACCCCACCACACCCAGACACCCCGGGAUGGUCAUCAACACCUGCACAUCACUCCUCAACGCACUCAACGAUGUCCUUGUACAGCUUGUCAACCAACCUCCGCCUCCCUCCCCCACUAGUGAGAAACUCAGAAAACACGCUCUGUCAAGAGCACUCGAUGCCUGCCUGAACGGCGUGUGUAUCGAGUGCGAGGAAGGGAGGCAGCCGUGUGAGUGUGAAGGGGCGAGCGAACGAUGCCCGGGAAUGUUAUACGCAAACGCUAUAGCGCUGUGUGACGCACUCGCACCUCACCUCCUUCUCCUCCCUACACCGCCUCUCACUCCUUCCCCCUCUCCUCCCCCAGACGCAGACUCCGAUUCAGAGGGAGUCAAGGGAGUCGUCUCCCUUUCCCACCCUCUGCAACCUCAUCUCCUACGCACCAGACGCCUGCGAAACCAGCUCCUCCCACCGACCUCGCGCCUCCCAGACGACCUCCUAUCAUACAUCUUCUCCCUCCCCUCCACUCUCUGGUCAGCAGGGGAAUCAGUCCACUUCGCCGACCAAGUAUCACACGUCUCCCACCGCUGGCGCGCAGUUGCUCUCCGCACUCCUAAUGCGUGGAGCACGAUCCUAGUCGGGCAUACGCCGUUACGCACCCGACUCGCAUGCCAGGCGUUGUCGAGGUGUGACUGCCAGCCUCGGCGGCGAGUUGGCGAGCGUAGAGCAGGAAGGGGCAAGUCCUGGAUCUCUUUAGCGAAAGCCGUUCCUCUGUCAUUCGACCUCGGGCCGCACGCGCGAGUAGAAGCUCAGGAAAUCGUACUUUUCCUCCUGGACGCACUGGAGGAAGGCCCGACGACAGUCCGUUCCCUCGGCUGGGCACUCCCCUCCCACCUCCUGCUCGCCCUUGCUCCGGCGUGUACGAAGUCCCUGUCCCACCUUUCGCUGCAGGGCCCGCUCAGACCGGGGGAUGUCGACCAAGUGCUUGGUUUGGACUGGCAGGCACUCCGCUCCCUCGAACUGAGGGAUAUCGUUCCACGGCCGAGUCAGGCCCUGGGUAGGUGCACAAGGCUGAGCUUGUUGUUCAGCCAGGCGAGGGUAGGGCUGGGCCUGCUACUGCAGGUGUUGAGCGGGUGUGGAGCGUUAGAGGAGCUCAGAGUAGGGACGGGCAUGGGGAGGAAGGGAGAGGGAGAGGGGGAGCCGGGAUUGCACGCACAUCCACAUCAACCCCUUCCCCUGCCCCAACCCAUCUUCCCUCCAGCAACAGGACCCGUCCACGCACUCCUCCGCCCCACUUUCCCACCCUCGACCCGGCCACCCCGGCUCCUCCUCCCAAGGCUACACACUCUCAGCCUGAGAGGACACUCUACUGGCCUGCUAGGCCUGGUUCGGACGCCUAGCCUCUGCCAGCUGGCGGUAGACGCGGACACGGACGGGGGGGAGUCUACCGGCAGACCAGCGGGGAGAGAGGAAAGGGAAGAAGGGAAACAAGCACUAGGCGAGCUGUUAGCCCGGUUCAUUACCCUUGCUCCUCUGGUCGAGAAACUCGAGAUCCCUUGUUCUGUUCUACGGGGAGAGGUGAACUUGGAGAGAGUGGAGAGGCUGAGAGUGUUGGGGUUGACGGGCAGGAUACGGGAGUUAGGGCGGGCGUUGGAGGGCGGGGCGCCGCGGUCGUUGAAGGAGCUGAACCUGCGUGUGCUCCCUGAGGGAGGAGAGGAAGACGAGGAAGGACAGGAAGGAGAGGGCAGUCUAGGGGGAAAGGGAGACCUGAAAGGCUUGCGGGAAUGGGCAAGUUCACUCAGCGUGAUCCGGGUUUUUAUGGAUCGGCAGGGUGAGGGAGCGGAUGUGGAUAAUGAGCGGGAGGGGGAGCACAAGGACUGGGAGGAGGUGCGGGAUGCGCUGGGAGCGGUUGGAGAGAUGGGAGCAGUUGGAGGGUGUGAGGUAUACCUUAAUAGCGAGCUGCUCGUCGGUGCUCUUGGUGCUCAUGGAGCAGGGGGUUGUUGUCAGGACCGGUGAACGAGAAGCCUAAGUGAGGAGCAGGGGGUAGGAGAGGGGGAGAGCAAUGUACUUAUUUAGCAAACAAUUG